CGACUCAGCGGCAGCCAUUUCCAACGGGCUGGCGGGGGCAAAAGAUGGCGACGCCCGCCGGGUGGUCGCAGGGGGGGUCAGGGUCGGUGUGUCUCGCCUUCGAUCAACUGCGGGACGUGAUUGAAUCUCAGGAGGAACUGAUCCAUCAGCUGAGGAACGUGAUGGUUCUCCAGGAUGAAAAUUUUGUCAGUAAAGAAGAGUUCCAGGCACUGGAAAAGAAGCUGGUGGACGAGAAAGCUGCUCAUGCCAAGACCAAGGUCCUCCUGACUAAGGAAGAGGAGAAGUUGCAGUUUGCCCUCGGAGAGGUAGAAGUGCUGUCUAAACAGCUGGAGAAAGAGAAGCUGGCCUUUGAAAAGGCGCUCUCCACUGUCAAGAGCAGAGCCCUGCAGGAGUCCAGUAAGAAGGACCAGCUCAUCACCAAGUGCAAUGAAAUUGAGUCUCACAUUAUAAAGCAAGAAGAUAUACUUAAUGGCAAAGAGAAUGAGAUUAAGGAAUUGCAGCAAGUUAUCAGCCAUCAGAAACAGAUCUUCAGGAAUCACAUGUCUGACUUCCGGAUCCAGAGGCAGCAGGAGAACUACAUGGCCCAGGUGCUAGACCAGAAGCAUAAGAAAGCCUUGGGGACACGUCAGGCAUGGAGCCACCAGCACCCCAGGGGAAAAUAAAAAUGG